UGCCUCGACUGCACCAAGCACCGUGGCGGUGGCAGCGGCGGUGAUUGCUUUUGCGCUCUCCAGCUCCGAAUCAUUUUACCCCCACCCCCUCCUCCCCCGGGGGGGGGGGGCUGGUCAGAGACGCUUCUGUGGCUGGAAAGCACUGACGUCGAGCCACCACACGCCGCACGGGCACACGGGCGCGCGCCCUCCCUCCCCUCCUCUGCUCCCCUCCCUCUCGCCCGCCUGCGCCUUGCUCCGCACGCGCAUUCGCUCGCGCUCCGUCACAGCGAGCGAGCGAGCGAUCGAACCCCGGGCCGUGCGCAGUGUGGCACCCGUCGUUGGUGCGAUUCCCGCUCCGCUUUCCAGCCCUCGUUGGCUCGCAGAGAGUGGCCGCAGCGCUGGCGGCGACGCCGGCCGCGGCUCCGGGCGGUUGAGGCCCCUGGCCGCGAUGUCUCGCCCGCACGUGCGGUAUGACCGUUGCGACUACCGCGGCCGCAAGGAACGGGGCUCCGUCGACGCCAUGAGCGACAGCAGCAGCUGCAGCAGUAGCAGCAGCGGCGGCGGUGGCGGCGACCACCACUACCACCACCACUUCCAGCUUCAACAUCAGCAGCAGCAGCAGCACAACAACAACCACCACCACGGCACGGGGAGACCUGGGUUGCUUCCGCUGCCAACGAGUGCGCCCAGCAUUCCCCCGCUCAUCCCCGCUGGGAUGGGGCCCCUCAAACCGCCGACGCACGCAGCGCGCACGGCGGAGGGUGGAGGAGCUCCUUCGAGGGCAGCGAUGGGAACCGGGGGUCAGUGGACGCAGACCUCCACGGCGGCCCAGGGGCUCCACUGGAGCACCCAAGAGCCUCCCGCCAAGCAGAUGCGCGAGAGCAACGGUGUCACCUGGAUCUCCACGGUGCCCACCCUCAUGUCACUACCGCCCCCGGUCUCCUACGCGGUGAUGCAGCAGCAGCAGCAGCAGCCCGGCUACGCGGCACACGCCGCGCUAGCGCCGACGCUCGUCAGCGCCCCCUCGCCCCAGAUGUCCCUGCUGCCGCCGCCGCCGCCGCCGCCGUACUCAGUCGCUGCCCUGCAGCAUCCGCCGGCAAACAUGACCGCCACCGUGCACCACCACCACCACCCCCACCACAACCACCAGCACCACCACCCCCACGCAUUGUACCCGCUGGGGCCAGCGCCGGCGCUACCGCACGCCGCCGGUGGCCUGCCACUACCGCCACAACCGCAGCAACAACUGCAGCAGCAGCAGCAGCAGCAGCCGAUGUUUCAGCUGCCGCCCCUCACGGCUGUUGGCAACGGCCUAGCAGGGGGCGAGCCGGGGCAGCCCUACGGUUACAGCUACCCCGGCCUUGCUGUGCUGCCCAUGCCGCAGCACGGAGCCCAUCCCCAGCAGCAGCAGCAGCAGCAGCUGCUGCUGCCGCCGGUCACCAACGGGCAGCACGGGCAGCACGGGCAGCCGCCCGCCGCGUACCACCAGCCGCAGCAGCCGCCGCCACCGGUCAACGGGGCGCCGGCCUCCGCGCCGGCCCCGCCACCGGCGUAUCAGCACGCCGCGCCGGCGGGAGAGGCGACGGCCGGGAGGCCGCAGCGAGCGGAGGACGAGCAGCAGCAGCAGCAGCGGCAGCUCCUGCGAGUGACGGCGAGCGGCGAUUACGAGUUCACCGACCCGGCCCACCCCAGAGAACUGCUGCAGGCGUUGAAUGAACAACGGCAGGAAGGAGCGUUCACUGACCUGAGACUAAGUGUGAAGGGACGCGUGUUCUGGGCGCACCGUAAUAUCCUAGCAUCCUGCAGCUUGUAUUUGAAGCAGCUGAUCAAAAGUGCCACGGAGGAGCGGGAGAACGCGAGCGGAGCGGCUGCGGCUGCGGAGGACGCGGCGGGCGACGGCACGGACGGCGGGCCGGAUGGGGAGACGGCGGCGGCGGCGGCAGCGGCGGCGGCGGACGGCGGGCCGGACGGAGAGACGGCGGCGGCGGCGGCGGACGGCGCCGGGCGCGCCGCGGCGCCCGGGGAGCCCCUGACGCUGGAGGUGCCCGGGCUGGAGGCGGAGGCGCUGGAGCUGCUGCUGGAGUUCGUGUACACCGGCUCGCUGCUCAUCAACGCCGUCAACGCACGAGCCCUGCUGGAGGCCGCCAGCAAGCUGCAGUUCGGCACCUUCUGCAGGGUCUGCAGCGCCUUCCUGGAGAAGCAGCUGUCGGCCGCCAACUGCCUCGGCCUGCAGGCCAUGGCGGAGGCCAUGGGGUGCCCCGAGCUGGCGGGCCGCGCGCGCACCUUCGCUCUGCACCACUUUGUGGCGGUGAGCGCCCAGGAGGAGUUCCUGCACCUGGGCAAGGACGAGCUGGUGGCCUACCUGUCGGGCGACAGCCUCAAUGCCGGCGCCGAGGAGGGCGUCUACGAGGCGGCGCAGCGCUGGAUCCGCAGGGAGCCCGGCGAGCGCAUGCAGUUUGCGGCCGAGGUCCUGGCGGCCGUGAGGCUGCCCUUCAUCCAGCCGACGUACCUCCUCAACGUGGUAGACAACGACGAGAUGGUGAAGGGCUCGGAGGCGUGCAGGGACCUCGUCAACGAAGCCAAGCGCUACCACAUGCUCCCGCACGCGCGCCAGGCCAUGCAGACGCCGCGCACGAGGCCCCGGCUCCUGGCCGGUGUGACGGAGGUGAUCGUGCUGGUGGGCGGGCGCCAGUCGGAGGGCACGAACCACCGCGCGCUCACGGCCGUCAGCUGCUACGACCCCCAUGCGUGCCGCUGGCACCCGCUCGCCAGCCCGCCCUUCUAUGACCGUGACUUCUUCAGCGUCGUGGGCAGCGGCGACAACAUCUACGUGCUGGGCGGCGUGGAAGGAGGCGUCAUCCUGCCCGACAUCUGGUGCUACUCGUCCGGCACGGACGCGUGGGGCCUGGUGGCGCGCACCGCCGUGCCGCGCUGCCGCCACAGCAGCCUCGUCGCCGACGGGAAAAUCUACUCGCUGGGCGGCCUGGGCGCCGCGGGAAACCUGGGCCACUGCGAGAGGUACGACGCUCAGACGAACCGCUGCGAGGUUCUCUCCCCGCUGCCCAAGGCCGUCCACUCGGCCGCCGCCGCCGUCCACGGCGACAAGGUGUACGUGUUCGGCGGCGCCGGCGACACCGGCCGCUCGGCCAACGUCAUGCAGUCCUACCUGCCGCGCACCAACACCUGGAGCUUCAUCGAGACGCCCAUGAUCGACAAUAAGUACGCCCCGGCCAUUCUGCUCAACAAGCUGAUUUACAUUCUCGGCGGCGCCUUCAGCCGCGCCACCACCAUCUACGACCCGGAGAAGGAGAACAUCAAGUCUGGACCCAACAUGCACUUCAACCGCCAGUUCAGUAGCGCCGUCGUCCUCGACGGCAAGAUCUACGUGCUGGGAGGAGCGGCGAGCACCGACGGCCCCGGCCUCGCCAGCAUGGAGGUGCUGGACCCGCAGACCAACAGCUGGACCGUUGUUCCCAACCUGCCAGGCCCCGUGUACCGACACGGCUGCGCCGUCAUCAAGAAGAACCUGCUGCACUCCAGCACCUAGGCCUGCCGCUUGCACAGUCGCCGCUGGCAGGCCCGGGGUGGCGGUGAGGAGGGCGCUAGCGGCUUACAACGCCCGCGUGCAGUUUUGCACAACCGGAGCAGCGUGGGGGGGGGAAGACUGCGGCUUAACGGCAAAAUAAGAACGUUGGGCGAGAUGGACAACGUUGAGAUGAAAGUGGAACUUUUUUUUAAACACUAUAUUUAUACACACGCUAUAUAUCUAUAUACAGUAUAUACAUAUGGAGAGAGCAAAAUAAACUUUAAUAAUAAUUAUUCGUACCAUCUUUACGAUAGACGUGCGGCCGUGUGUAACGUGCAAUGGUGGUUCAGUCACACGCGUUAUCUACAGAGUCUGGAGUGGAACAAGGCUACAUCUGUGGCUGUCUCCCUUUUGACACAAUUAUAGAGCAUGCGCUUCAACGCUGGAAUGUCAAUACUAAACCUAAGGCUCUGACAUCUGUUACUCCAAGAUGCAGGGGCAGAGCGAGACAGGGCAUGUGUUCCCAAAUUCAGCAGCACCACGUCUUUACCUCGGCACAGUGGUCUUGUCAGCGUAUUCCGUAAUACAAAGGACUCCGUGUAGAGCUGGUUUUACUUGUUAAGCCGAUAUACAGAAUGUUAUUAUUUUUAACGAGAUCUAGUUUCACCAAAUCUAUUUUCAUACAUCUACGAUGCAUACACACCCACACUUAUAUCUAUACAGCACACAUACACAGCACAAUUUGGAAUGGCUAUGUAGCUUGGUGCAUCCCGAAAAAAAUCAAUCGCGUGCAUGCAACGCCUUUUGAGGACGAAUUUGCUUCGAUGCUGCAACGCACACCGAAACGAGCGCGUGCAACGUAUGGCCAAUGAACGCCGAAGCCGAGGCAUACAUCGUGCCAGUAGCUUCAUACUGGGAAACCCUAGUUGAUCAGGACUAACGAAAGAGUCCGCACGUCGCACAGGCGCGCACGGCGAGUGCGUCGAGCAACGCGGAAGCGUUCCGCACACGGCAGGAGCUUUCCACACGUCCCAGUGCCCCUUCCGCAUCAAAACAACACGGCACGGUUUCACCGUGGGCCUGCGCACAGUGGCAAAAGACAUCAGAGGAAUGCAAUAUCAAAGGAAUGAAAGCAGACAAUGCGCCGUGUUUGAAAAUAGAACUCGAUAUCGGGCGAGUAUUAACGGCCUUGCACUCGCAAGAUGUGCUCCGACGAGUCAAGCCUUGAACUUGUCAUCCCCGCACGUCAUUGUAUUGGUGUCGAGAUUAUCCCGCUAGGAAAAUGAAUGUCACAUCCACUCAAUCCGAGCCCGAGCCAUGGCCCCCGUGCACUCCGCAAUCUCGGCGCGAAUCGUUAAGAGGCCAGACAUCCGCUGUGCACGUCUCGCCAACACAAACGCACAGAAAAAAAACGCGUGCACAAACUCUACAGCGGGACGGACAAAUCCUGCGGCAAUUAAAAUAAAACAUUUCAAAUUCCUCCCAUCACUGGACAUUAUUGUCGUGUCCGCGCAGGGCUGAAAAGAUUGGUGAUGUGGUGUAAAAUUGGGUCUUGUCCUAUGGGCACGAGUCCGCUGGCACCCCGUGCCCUUCUUUCGUUGCCAGUGACUGCAAGCUGUGUCAGCACUUGCUUUACGCUCCCGAGCAGCAGCAGCAAUGUUGCGCUGUCGAUUUCACUUUUACGCGAAGCGAUGUCGUGCUACUCUAUUGGUUCAUCUGUAGGAGUUUGUGAGGAGUGGGGUUGAUUGACUUAACCUAAGCGCACUAAUUAUUGUGUAAUGUAUUCUGCAGUUUCCUUUAGCUACUGCAAUGACCGAAACUACGCCUUUUGCGAUAUUUAAAUAUGCCUUUGUGCUCUUUCGCUACAUAAUUACUAGUAAUGGAAAGUUAACGUUUCUGUGUAUAUCAGUGGGAUGUGACAAUAUGGAACCGUUUUGUGACUGGUACACAGUAAAGAGAAACACUUACUUUUUUUAAAGAAUCUUCUACCGCUAAUUCACGAUCAGAUUGUGUGUACAUUUUUAAUAUCUUGUGAAAAGGGAUGUUUGUAGUUUUGUUAAAUGUUUUCUAUAAAUACUAUACAAGAUAUGUUUAUUUUGUAGUACUGUGUUAAUGGCUGUUGUAAAAGCUUGUAACAGCAAUAUACAAACAGCAAUACAAUGUGCUUAACGCUUUGUGACAUGCACAUCAACUAUGAAUGUUGACAUGUGCAAACUGUACAUACCAGCAAGGAUUAAACAUUGCCUCAAAAGUUGUUUGCACGAUUCCACCAAUGAAAAGCAAACAUGUUCAGUGUGCUCCAUUAUUCUGACAUCCUUCGAAAUAAUUCCGACAUAUUCUUGAGAAAAUGCUUUCUUUUAUUUAUUUCAACAAGAUCCAAAGUUUCUCUUUGUGCACGUGUGUAUACAUAGGAGAAAGGAACAUGUUUGUUACAUAAACCCAGAAGAAACGAAUGCAAUGUUUUUCCACAAAUACUGUUCACCCCAUAAAUGCUAAAAGAUCAAACACACACCUAGGUUUAUCAAAAUGGACAAUUUUACUCCUGAAGCGUUAAAAAAAACUGCCUUCCACCUUCCCCAUUCUAAUAAUUUCAAAGCACGACAGAAAUUGAAUUACAUAAAAUCCAUUGAUGCAUAACGGGGAACAACAAAAAAAUGCAAAACCCUUUCAAGUUGUCGGCCAGGUAGCGUUUAUACAGCAGAGGUUUUUGAAAUACUGUACUUACAAAAAGAAACGUGACGAAAAAAAACCAAAUAUACACCAGCAAAUAUGGCUACGUAAUGUUCAUACAGUGCACACUUGCCCUAUCAAUGAGCAGCAUUCUAAAUAAGUAAAAUCGGCUUCAACCUGUCAGAAUAUCAAGCAUGCAAAGGAUCCUCAUGGAAAAUCGAAAUCUACUGUACAAUAUAAAAUUCCAGGCAAAAUGCAAUGCUGAUUCGAUUAUUUUAUAUUUUCUUUUUAUAUUAAAGCUGCCCUUGGAUGAAUUUUAAACUAAAAAUAAUGUCACCUUGAAAGGGUCUUAUAUUGCAAUGAGGAAAAAAACUAUAAAAAAUAUAGGUGAUACAAGCAAAUAAAUAACCCCAUAAGUUUCAAUCAAUGUACAAGGAACCUAAAUUGUGUUUGAGCACUCAUCAGAUAUCUGAAAUGAGAUGUGCACAGUAAGUCAACAGCAGUCAGGAUACGCAGCCAUCAUGAAUAAUGACAGCUGGUUGGAUGGAAGGGAGACCAAUAUAUUGUCGUGUAAGGUUUUAUUUAAUCAUAGGAGAUCUUCCUCGCGUGAACAUGAAUACAAAAAUUGUGUAUGGUGACCACACUUGCCAGAUCGGUGUGCACCCAUAGGCAAGUCUUACGGAUUAUUACUGGAGUUACCGAUAAUGUAACCAAGGACACUGCUUUGUAAAUGUCUAAACCAAACCAGUGACGUGACACUUGUUUAGGAAUGCUAGAAUUGUUUUUUUAACUACAUCUCGAGUACAUGUCGUUUGGACUAUCAGUAAAUUAAAUCACUUACAAUCUACACCAUGGACAGCGUCCCCCACCACCAAUUUAAUGGGCCAUCACUUCCACUGCAGUCACCACUUUUGCUAUAUUUGCCAAAAAGUUUAAUGCCAUGAAGAGAGCUUGGACCUGCAGGCAUUGGGUUGCCUAUCCAUGUUCCAUGGCAUGAGACCCCAAGGCAAAAAUCAUUACGAGAGUUAUUUUACCACGAGCGCGUUAGUCUUUAACUUUUCUUUAUUAGUUGACGUAAAAAAGGCAUAAAGUAAGCGAACACAUGCAAACAACACCAGCUGCUUUUUUUUUUACAAAGACAUCUGCAGCAAAUACAAAGCACAACACAAAGACACGUUUGACAAAUUGACUGACAGGUUGAGUGCCGGGGGGAAUAUAUGUUCUCGUAAUUAAAUUAAAACAGUGUUUCAGAUGCAGUCGAAACUGCCUCAAGGAAUAAGCAAUUGAUAAAUCCUUUAUGACAUUGGAAAUUUAAAUUAAAUAAAGGCAGCCCUGAGCUUGUGAAACUGAGGCAGACAAGUCCAACCAACGCAAAUGCACAUUUCUCAAUUUAAGUCAUCUUAACCAGUCUCAAUUGUGAGCACCAUAGUCGUGCUUUUCAGCAGCCACCGAUUCAAUCCGAGCAGCCCAUGAUUCAAUCCCUUCCCUAUCUCGCCGCACAGAGACAACACAACGGGUUGAAAUGAGCUUGCUCGCAGGAUUUCCAUGUAAAUUACACGGCAGCAUAUCUGAAUCAAACUUCUUAUAACACUACUGCUUCCAGUUCCAGCUCUAUAGGGCAUAUUGGUCACUCACUAACAACAUACCCACCCCCCUUGGCGAUUUGAUGUAUUGUCACGAUUCAGGUUAUUUUUAUGAUUCAACUCUUAGGAUCGAUUACUUUUGUUUUUGUUUGAAACAUUGUGGUGAAUGCAGCUGUCACUAGUGACUUGCAGGGGUCCUGUAAAACGCAUUAUUUACAACAUAUGGAUUGAAAAACAUUGAUUCUCAUGCGAUACAAUGCAUGCAUUGUGCACUUAAGAAGCAAUACCAAUCAAUUGUUACACCCCUGGUAAAUCAAUUUUAUAUAUAGUUAAACUUUUUUUCCCCCAGGAACAUAUUCGUAUUUUUUCCACACAAGAUGGUGCUGAAUGUUUGUCAAAAAGCAAACUGUCCAUAAAUGAGACUUAGAACAAAAAAUAGAAAGUCAACACAGCACCACGGACAAAAAAAA